CGAAGCAGAAUUCUGUGUGCCGCCAUGGACCGUGUGAAGAUGGAAUCAGUCCAGAUUAAAGAGGAGUUGCUUGAACUGGUCCCCAUUAGAGUGGACUUCUCUGGACUGGCUUCCGUCCCCAUUAAACAGGAGCUCUGUGAGAUGCAAUGCGACAGCAGCCAGCCAGACACCUGUGAGAUUAAACCUGAGCACAGUGAACUGGAGAUCCCCCAGACAGGAGAACCCCUUCCUGUGAAACGAGAAGAGGUGCUGGAGAUUGUCCGUAUUCAACGGGAGCCCCCAGACCUGGAGUUUAACCUCGUGGAACCAGGGAAGGAAGAAUCCGAGGACUUCAAACCCAACACCCCCGAGCUGGAGCCUGUACCCCUGCGGGGGUGCAGCGUGGUGCUGGAGAGGAUGUGCGCGAGAGGGCGAGGCGCUGGAGAGGAAGGCUCUCCCGACAGCGCGCAAGGAGGCCGAGAGGAAGACGGGCGCUCCCGUUCAGAAUGCAGUCUAGCGGGUUCCAGUCCAGCAGCUAAAGCGAGGGCGGGCGGUGAAGAAUAUCCUGACUGUGGGAAGAGUUUCAGUCACUCGGGAGACCUGAAAAGAAACCAGCGAAUUCACGCAGGAGAGAAACCGUAUCGCUGCUCUGACUGUGGGAAGAGUUUCAGCAGUCACCUUGUUUCACACCAGCACCCCGAAUCCCUGAAAAAACACCAGCGAAUUCACGCAGGAGAGAAACCGUAUCGCUGCUCUGACUGUGGGAAGAGCUUCAGACACUCAGGAUCCCUGAAAAAACACCAGCGAAUUCACACAGGAGAGAAACCGUAUCGCUGUUCUGACUGUGGGAAGAGCUUCAGACACUCAGGAUCCCUGAAAAAACACCAGCUAAUUCACACAGGAGAGAAACCGUAUCGCUGCUCUGACUGUGGGAAGAGUUUCAGUAACUCGGGAAACUUGAAAGAACACCAGCGAAUUCACACAGGAGAGAAACCGUAUCGCUGCUCUGACUGUGGGAAGAGUUUCAGACACUCAGGUAACCUGAAAGCGCACCAGCGAAUCCACACAGGAGAGAAACCGUAUCGCUGCUCUGACUGUGGGAAGAGUUUCAGUAACUCUGGAAACCUGAAAGAACACCAGCGAACUCACACAGGAGAGAAACCGUAUCGCUGCUCUGACUGCGGGAAGAGUUUCAGACACUCAGGAUCCCUGAAAGCGCACCAGAGAGUUCACGAUAAACCGUAUCGCUGCUCUGACUGUGGGAAGAGUUUCAGUCACUCGGCAAACCUGAAAAAACACCAGCGAAUUCACACAGGAGAGAAACUGUAUCGCUGCUCUGACUGUGGGAAGAGUUUCAGACACUCAGGAUCCCUGAAAAAACACCAGCGAAUUCACACAGGAGAGAAACCGUAUCGCUGCUCUGACUGUGGGAAGAGUUUCAAUCAGCUGGCAACCCUGAAAACACACCAGCGAACUCACACAGGAGAGAAACCUUAUCGCUGUUCUGACUGUGGGAAGAGUUUCAGUCACUCGGGAAACCUGAAAAAGCACCAGCGAAUCCACACAGGAGAGAAACCGUAUCGCUGCUCUGACUGUGGGAAGAGUUUCAGUAACUCUGGAAACCUGAAAGAACACCAGCGAACUCACACAGGAGAGAAACCGUAUCGCUGCUCUGACUGCGGGAAGCGAUUCCGUUUUAAAGAAGCCCUUCAAACUCACCAGCCAGCUCACAGAGGAGAGAAAGCCUGUGCCCAGAAAGACACGCGUCUUCGAUUGAAUGAUUACGCAGCAGUUUUACGCAUCCAAAAAAGAAACAAAAAAACGGAAGUGGAAACCCUAGCGUCUGUUGUUUUUGGAAACAAAACAAAACCGACCAGAAGAGGAAUCGGUGAAACCAGCCGAUCCCCCCCACCCCCCCUUGCAGUGAAGAUGGACCUGAGCGUGUCCGUGUCCUUCUUCAAAGACGAGCUCGGUCCCAGCAUCGAGCAGGCGGUGCAGGCGGCGGUGGAGAGCGUCCUGCGCGAAAUCUCCAAACUGAUCGGCGGCAGGCUGGUCGGUCUGCAGGCGGAGCUCGCCGAAGCCGCCAACGAAAACCGGAGCCUGAGACGCAGGCUGAGAAGAUCGGAGGGCGAGCUGAAAUCGGUGCGGGAACGGGAGCGCACGGUGGUCAGACCGGCUCCCCGGUUCGACGAGCAGCUCGGCGCCCCGGCGUGGGGGAGCACCCCGGUUUGCACCCCGCUGCAGCAGCAGCAGCAGCAGCAGCAGGACCGCGCCGGGGAGCCCUCGGUCUCAUUCCUCGGUGACGCGAACGGGACCGGGAGCGAGUACACCGCGGCCGGUUUUGCCCGCUGUCUGCCGGUGUUGAUGAGCCGGGACUGCGCCGGGGACGCGGCACCGCUCGCAGAAAGGGAGACGUCCCAUCUUAUAAUCCAGGCGGACGGUACCGAUCGGAGUGUAUCGAUCAGGGACGAUGAAUUCCCGCGGAUCGAUGACCUGUGGGGAGGGGGGUGCGGCGGCGUGGUUGUCGGCGGUGCAGACGCAGUCCCAGAGAAGCAGCUGUCCUGUCCCAGCUCCAGCUCCACGGAACCCAUUUACAUCAAGGAAGAAAUCCCACAGGUGCAGCUGAUCACCGUCAAAGAGGAGAUUCCCGGACUGGACCCUGAGCCCUGUGAGGAGGAGGAGAAGGAGGUCCGUUCCAUCGGCACAGCCCGCCGCUCUGACGCAGCAAGCGGCUUCCAGGACCCGUGUUCGAGCCGGGAGAUUCGCGGCGCCUUCGCGGCCGACGGGUUUGCUGCUAGGAGGCGCUUGCAGAGCCCCGCGAGGGAGCUUCCCAACUCCUGUGACGAGUGUGGGGCCACGUUCCUCUACUCGAGCUCCUUGAAGAGGCACCAGCGGAUUCACACCGCGGAGAAACCGUAUCACUGCGCGGUCUGCGGCAAGAGCUUCAAGACGGGGGGAAACCUCCGCACGCACCAGCAGGCUCACAGAGGGAAGAAACCGUACCGCUGCCUCGAAUGCGGCAGCAGCUUCAUCCGCAUGGGGACCUUGAACAUCCACCAACGCAUUCACACCGGGGAGAAGCCCUAUCACUGCACUGAGUGCGGGAAGAGCUUCAGGCAUUCCGACUGCCUGAAGAAGCACCAGCGCAUUCACACCGGGGAGAAGCCCUAUCGCUGCACUGAGUGCGAAGAUCGCUUCAGCCGCCUGGACUAUCUCAAGAAACACCAGCAGGUCCAUAAAGCGAACUGAGCACUCAAACCUUCCAUACAAACAAUCUGUAGAGUGUAAGGGUAUCUCAUUAGCGUGGUGUUAGGGGUGGCUGUGAGUGAUUGAUUAUUUUUUUAAGUGUUUUAGAAAAUGUGAUUUGUCUCGCGUUGCAAGUGACCUGAAUAGACCCGUUUUAACCCUUAGCGGUCCCUUUAUUCAGCGCUCGUCAGGCGGGUCUGGUCCAGUUUAUUUUCACACGCG